GCCUGGGAGGGCACCUAUCCCAGCCUGGGUGGAGCAAGGACCAAGGAAGGCUUCCCGGAAGAGGAGGUGCCUGAGUAAGUAUCGUACUUAAAUGGACAAAACUAAAAAUGAUCAGCGAGGAAGCUAGGUGGCGUCAAAGGCCCAGGCAAACAGACGGGUUCGUGUAUGGACUUACAGACCGAAGGAGCCGAAGAGCGUUGAAUGUAUUCAGCUCGGUGUCGGGUGACCAGAAGUCCACCCGGUCGGGCUAAUUCGAGUGAGCUCGGGGUGUGUACUUGAAUCCAGGUUUCUCGGACCUGCUAGGUUAGGUUCGAUGAGUCACCUGGCACAUCUGCUAAUACAGCUUUCGGGGAGGCCUCUGUGAGGGCGAGGAAGCGGCCGGGCAGUCGGGGUUCCCUGCAGGCUCGCCAGCGUCGGGCCCCCCUAGACCGGGCGUCACCGGGUAGCUCCGAGCAGCUGGAGCACCGCGGCCACCCGGAGCACCGGGAGGACCGCGACUGCCGGGAGCACCGAGAGCAUCGGGGGCAUCGCGACGACCGGGAGGACUACGAGCACCGGGAGCAUCGCGGCCACCGGAAGCACCGGGAGGACCGCGGCCGCCGGGAGCAUCGAGGCCACCGGGAGGACCGCGGCCGCCGGGAGCAUCGCGGCCACCGGGAGCACCGAGAGCGCCGCGCAGCCCGCCGAACCAGCACAGCCGUCACCUGUCUCCGCCCGGCCUGACCUCAGCUUCCCGGAGCGGACUCACCUGGGAGACUCUAACAGGCAUAAGUCUGAGUGGGACUGAACGACUGCUGCACUGGGGAUACAGUCCUCGUGACUGAACACCACGAGGAGGUUUAAAACAAAACAAAAAAAAGAUCGAAAAGAAGAGCACCUGCCCGGGCCGCGGCCGCGCCAGCCGCCGCACCGCCAGCACCUCGGCCCUACUUCCGGCAACGCGGGAAGCAACGCGAGAUAGUGACGUGGCUGGGGGGCGUGGCUCCAGCCUGACCAAUGGGGGCGGAGGGCGUGGCCCGAGGCCGUCCUCUCAUUGGGCCGGCCUUGGCGGAAGUCGCGCGGGCGCUCGGCGGCGCCGUCGAGGCGUCGGCUUUGGAGGCGCCGGGAGCCGCCAUCAUGGUGCGGAAGCUGAAGUUCCACGAGCAGAAGCUGCUGAAGCAGGUGGACUUCCUGAACUGGGAGGCCACCGACCACAACCUGCACGAGCUGCGCGUGCUGCGGCGGUACCGGCUGCAGCGGCGGGAGGACUACACGCGCUACAACCAGCUGAGCCGGGCGGUGCGCGAGCUGGCGCGGCGUCUGCGCGACCUCCCCGAGCGAGACCCGUUCCGCGCGCGCGCCUCGGCCGCGCUGCUGGACAAGCUGUACGCCCUCGGCCUGGUGCCCACGCGCGGCUCGCUCGCGCUCUGCGACUCGGUCACCGCCUCGGCCUUCUGCCGCCGCCGCCUGCCCACCGUGCUGCUGAAGCUGCGCAUGGCGCAGCACCUCCAGGCCGCCGUGGCCUUCGUGGAGCAGGGCCACGUGCGCGUGGGCCCCGACGUGGUCACCGACCCCGCCUUCCUCGUCACGCGCAGCAUGGAGGACUUCGUCACCUGGGUGGACUCGUCCCGGAUCCGGCGCCACGUGCUGGAGUACAACGAGGAGCGCGACGACUUCGACCUGGAGGCCUAGCGCCGUCCCUCCCCGGGGCGCUCCCCCCCGCCGCCCUCCGACGCCUUCCCGCUGCUCGACCCCUUUUGAUUCGAGUACUCGCUCUUGUUGGGGGUUGAGCUGCGCACGGACCCUGGAGAAUUCGAGCUCGAGUUUGCAGAAGAUGCGGGGCGGGGAUGGGUUGGUGCGCUGUGCGCCCUCGCGCGCGGAGAGAAGCCGUCCCAAUGCCAGUAAAGGGCCCAGCCGCUCGGAGCGUG